AAAAAAAAGAAAAAAAAAUGGUUUUUUUAGCUGCCAAAUAUUCUUCUUGUUGUUAUAGUUGAUGUUGCUUUACUUCAAUUUCCACGGGCAUUGAUUCUCCAAUGUUAUUCUCUUUGUGCAUUACAUUUGGCUACAUAGUUUUUCAUUUUUUGCUGUGGAUUCUAGCUCAUAAAGAAAGUUCAUCAUCUUAAGCAUUUUGUGGCAGUGACAUUAGCAUUUUUGAGAUUAUAGAGAAUAUGAGCUACAACAGCACCUCAAUGAGUUCUGGUGGUGGAAAUGGAGCUGGUAGAAGGAAUUUCGAGUUCGGAAGGACUCAUGUAGUUAGGCCUAAAGGGAGGCACCAAGCAACUAUAGUUUGGCUACAUGGCCUCGGUGAUAAUGGCUCGAGCUGGUCCCAAAUAUUUGAAACUCUUCCUCUUCCAAAUAUUAAAUGGAUUUGCCCGACUGCUCCUACGCGACCUCUAGCCCUGUUCGGUGGAUUUCCUUACAGUGCUUGGUUCGAUGUUGGGGAGAUUUCGGAAAAUGCUGCAGAUGAUUUGGAGGGAUUAGAUGCUUCUGCUGCACAUGUUGCCAACCUUCUGUCGACCGAGCCUCCAAAUAUCAAACUCGGUAUCGGGGGCUUCAGUAUGGGUGCUGCAACUGCACUUCAUUCAGCUGUCUGCCAUGUUUCGGGGCGCUACGCGAACGGAAACAUUUACCCUAUCAACUUAAGUGCAAUUGUUUCAUUAAGUGGCUGGCUUCCUUGCUCAAGUGCCUUGAGAAAUCGGAUUGAAGGAUCACGCGAUGGCAUAAGGCGUGCAGCGUCGUUGCCCUUGUUUCUCUGCCAUGGCAGAGGGGACGAUGUGGUUGCAUAUGAACUCGGAGAGAAAUCCGCAGGGGCCUUAAGUGCGGCCGGAUUCCGGAAUCUUAUAUUUAGGAGCUAUAAUGGGUUGGGUCACUAUACAGUUCCUGAAGAGACUGAUGAAGUUUGUAGCUGGUUAACUGCAAAUUUGGGACUUGAGGGGUUUAGGUUCAACUAGAGAACAAUGCUUUUUUAGGGUAAUGGAAGAGGCACUAUAGAAUAGAUAGUGGUGUUUUGGGGGUAUAUUGGUAAUUUGGUAUAGCUGCUUCAUCUCUCUCAUGUACUAAAUAAACAAAGUUUCUAUAUUUGUCUUAUAGGAUUGGAUUACUACUAUGUUUCUAGAUUUGGGGUUUUGGGAAAUUAUGCUUUGGUUGGGGGGUAUAUGGAUAAUUUCCUAUACACCAAGUAAAUUUUGUUUAUUUCAUUUUAGGAUGGAUAAUAUACAUAAGUUGUUUUCUGUAUUCCUGUACUAAAUAAAGUAAAAUUUUGAUUA